UUUUUUCUUUUUUCCUAGCCAAGAAUUCAGAAUUUCACACAAGCCCAGCAGCAGCAGGCAAAGAGUGACCAACAAAGGCCGCCUUUAAGUUACCAAAUUGCGACCACCGAAACCCUCGAAUUCCAAACCGUAACUUGGCGUUUUCGUUUCCAAACCUCAAAUAACAUCUUACAACUCCAACUCAAUAUCCGAGUCAUCCUCAACAAACAUAACUCUGUUAAGUAUUUAUUUACUCGGAUGACUUGGAUCAGCAAGAAUUUGCAUCAAGAGAUCCUAUGCAACCUCAUGCGUUGCCUACCCUCAAACACCCAAAACCCCACCAAUUCAACAACCCCACAAUGUCAAUCCGUUCAACAUGUUCCAACUCAAGGGCCCUGUCAAAGCAGGUAGGUUGAGUGACGCACGCCAACUGUUUGAUAAAUUGCCUCAAAGAGAUCAAGUCACAUGGACCACCCUCAUUUCUGCUUAUGCUGAUUCAUCUGAAUCUUGUCUUUCUUUUCCACCAUUCACUGGAUCCCUUCUUACUUAGUCUAGCACGCAAGGCAUCUGCUAUAAACUCCACUGCAAAACUAGGGGAAUCGCUUCAUGAGUUUGUGAGUUCUGUUUUUGUGGGCAGACUCGGUCACCUUCAUUGGUGUUCUAACUGCGUGUAGCCAUGCUGGUCUAGUUGACAUUGGCUGCAAAUUAGAUUCUUGAAAUGGACCCAACAUGCGCGUGGACACAUAUCAUUGGCAAAUUUGUAUUCGGUGAAAGGUAAAUGGAGGGAGGCCGCAGAAGUGAGGAGAAGGAGCCUGGAUGGUCUUGGAUUAUGAUUAGGGAUUGUGUGUUUGUGUUUGCAGCUGGUGAUCAUUCAAAUCCUCAGUGGGAAGACAUAUGUUGCAUAUUGGGGUUAUUGUCUCUAAAGGAACAAGUGUUUGUUACUGGAGUAGAGAUAAUGUGUUAAUCUACAAUCUAGAUGAAGUUGAGGACUGAGAUUUGCAAAUUUUAAAUCAUUUAUUGGGAACAUCUCACUUGCUUAAUCUUCUCUUCCUUUUUGAUCUUGAGAUUGUUUAAAUAGACACAACUGCAGCUUGCUUGUCGGAGCAUUGUGAACUAAGGCUGGAUUUUGCUUUUUGAUGCUUGACUACCGAAGUUGCACCUUAUGUCGGGGGGAUCAGCCUCUAAACUGUCAGAACCCUGGCUGAUGACAAGGUAUGGGCUCCUGCUACAAGUAAUAUCCGUAUACUUGUUUAGCAAUGCUAUUUAUUACAUUGGUUGUCUAACAAACAUUUUGGCAGUAAGCGAUGAAUUUCAAGCAGGAAACUCAAGGGUACAAUAUAUGAAGCAUACCAAUCAAAGUCUUUAAACAUUUCGACAUACAUCUGUUUUUGAACAUUUUGACAAAGUCUUUAAACGUUUCAGCCAUGUGAAUCUUUUAAUGGGUUGUUCGUGUUGUCACAACCUAAAAGGGCAAUUGUAGUUUGUUACAUCUUUAGUGCUCUGAGAGAUCAAACUUUUAUUCUUUUAGCAAAGUCUGUUUAACUCAGUUUUCAGGAUUAACCAUAUAAUCUAUGCUUGGCUGUUCGGACAUAUUGUGUCAGAUGGGUUCUUCAAGACUUCUGGUUGCUAUGUCCCAUGGUGGUGCCUCCUUAGACUUUCCAUCGAUUGCACAGAAUGACAAGACAAGAGAAUCUUCUGAAUUGGAGUCAGAUGUACCUAACAACAUUCAGAGCCAGAUGAUCCAUGGUCAAAAUUGUAUAUGGUCAGGUGAAUCUUCAGUUUGCAGUAAGAAGCUGAAGCAUUAUCCAGCUUUUAUCAGGGAUGGAACCACAGUAGCUGUUCAUUCGUUUGCAUUGAUCAAGGGUGAAGAAGAAAAUCAGCACAUUGGUUAUGUGGAAGACCUGUACGAGGAUUACAGUGGACACAAAAUGGUUAAAGUGCGGUGGUUUAACAGCAGUGAAGAAGUCGGUGGAAUCCCUUCCCAUGAGGUUAUGAUCACACCUCAUGUUGAAGUUGUGAGUGCAGAGUGUAUUGGUGGGCUUGCAACCGUUUUGACUCCAAAGCAUUAUCAGCAGUGUUUGGCUGUUGUUUCACAAGAUUUCUCAGAUGGGGUUUACAUGUGCUCUAGGCAGAUAAAAAACAACAAGGUCUCAUCAUUUCCUUUGUGUAAACUGCGAGGUUAUUCAAACCAAACAAUCUUCUCUAUUCUAAAUCCACCAGUCAUCCCAUCUAACGAGGAGGUACCAAGUUCCUUUGAGCAAAAACUGAAAGGUGUAGAUGAUGGCCGUUGUUGUUUUGGUGCUGGUGAGGAGAUUGAAGUGCUUAGUUGUGACAGUGGGUUGCGAGGCUGCUGGCAUAGAUGUAAAAUCUUGAAGGCCAAAAAGAAGCAUUUGAAAGUUGUGUACGUGGAUGUGGAGCAUGUAGACGGUCUUGGAAAUAUAGAGGAAUGGAUUGCUGCUUGCAGAGUCGCAGAUCCUGAUAAGCUGGGGAUGAGAUACUUAGGUCGCCAUACCAUCCGCCCAUGGGCUCCUAGUUGUUCAAAUGCAUGUUUUAGCAUUGGCGAUGCGGUAGACGCCUGGUGGUGCAAUGCCUGGUGGGAAGGUGUUGUUGUAGCCACCCCCAUCCUAGCUAUUGAUACUUUUUGUGUUUACUUUCCUGGUGAAAACAGAUUUGAAGAUUGUGAAAAGAAGAACCUCAGAUGCUCCAAAGACUGGGUUGGUAACAAGUGGCUAGAAAUACAGCCAAAGCCUAAUAUAGAUGUCCUCAACCUCCAAACCACAGUGGACACUCAAGCUCUUGCUUCUUCACAAAAGGAGGAAGCUCCAGCAAAAUGAAGACUUUUUUUUUUUAUUAGUAAGCGACUAAGCGUAGCGCAUAGGAAGCUCUGUGUCUAUUUUGUCACAUAUCUAGCUUGCAAGUAAGAUUUUAUAGAUAUUUGAUAAUGGUAUGUUUUGGACCUUGUUUAUGAGCAUUGAUGCAUGACGGGA